AUGGCCGCCAUCGCACUGUUACUGCAAGUGCUUCUAUUUUUGGCGCCAUCUUUGGGUGCCGGCCACGACUACAGGAGCGCUCUGAGGAAGAGCAUUCUCUUCUUCGAGGCGCAGAGAUCCGGAUACCUCCCUGCCCAUCAGAGGGUCAACUGGAGGGACAAUUCCGGCCUGCAAGACGGGAAGGCCAGCGGGGUAAGUUCUUCCCUGCAUGUCCAUCUGGCUUCCUCUUCUUCUUCAUCUUGGUUCCUAGCGGUUUCAUUAUUCUCGUCUAUACGAGUUAUCAGAAUCAUGAAAGAUCGUCUCAUCCUUCCACAGGUUGAUCUGGUCGGAGGUUACUACGACGCUGGAGACAAUGUGAAAUUCGGGCUGCCCAUGGCUUUCACCAUUACCAUGAUGUCAUGGAGCAUCGCCGAGUACGGCCGGCAGAUGGCUGCGGCCGGCGAGCUUGGGCACGCAUUGGAGGCCGUCAAGUGGGGCACUGACUACCUCAUCAAAGCCCAUCCACAGCCCUAUGUCCUCUACGGAGAGGUUGCCCUCCCCCUUGUCCAUAGCCCUCUCUCUCUCUCGCUUACACACAGGCACACACACACACUCUAGGGGACUCCAGACGGCUGUCCUCGAUGUCUUCUCACGUGCGAAUCGACCGUUGGAAGGCUGUACACCUCUUGCCGUUAUCUGUGUGCCUUGAGGAGUUUCACAUGCACGGCAGGUGAGAGAAUUACCUAGGUCAGGAAUCACUCUUGCAGGUCGGCGACGGCAACUCGGACCACAGAUGUUGGCAGCGGCCGGAGGACAUGACGACGCCCCGCACGGCCUACCGCAUCGACGUCGACAACCCCGGCUCGGAUCUCGCCGGCGAGACGGUGGCGGCGAUGGCCUCGGCGGCUAUUGUGUUCCGGCGCUUUAACCCAGCGUAUUCGGACGAGCUCCUGCGCCACGCCAAGCAGGUCCGGCCCACUACCAGCUCUCUCUCUCUCUUUCUGGUUCACCAACCGACUUCUCGGGGCCGGUCCAUUAAAUGGCGAGUCAGAGCUUCCGCUUCCACCUUCCACCGCCGGAAACGGUUUAUCUGGUCGAGAAGUUCUGGAUCACUAGGGGGAGGCCAUUUGAGGCAUCAAAGAAGAGCCAAAGAUCGAAACUUGUGUUAUUUGAUGGGCCUCAUAGAUCAUUGAGGUCCCAAUAAGCUGAUCAUUACGUGUUUUCAUGCUUGGUCAGCUCUUCGAGUUCGCAGACAAGCACAGAGGGAAGUACGACAGCAGCAUUAAGGUGGCCCAGAAGUACUACGGAUCUUACAGUGGCUACAACGUAAGUAGUUCAGUUGAUGCAUCGUCCUAGAUGGCAUCAAGUUCUUCCCCCCAGUCUGACGGCUGGGUUCAUUCCUGCAGGACGAGUUGCUGUGGGCCGCCGCGUGGAUGCACCGUGCAACGGGUGACUUGCGUUACCUGGACUAUCUCGCCGACAACGGUAGGUCUCUAGGCGGCACCGUCUGGGCCAUGGCGGAGUUCGGGUGGGGUAUGAAGUACGCCGGCGUCCAGGUUCUGGUUUCCAAGGUGCCUCCUCAGCCGAUUUUAUGCCCCCAUGACGUUGUCGUUGCCGUUGCCGGAGAGGGAUGACUCCUUUGCACGCCAUCUUGCUCUAGGUCUUGCUGCAGGGGAAGGCGGCGCACCGGGAGGCGGUCUUUGAGCAAUACAAGCAGAAGGCGGAGUUCUUCAUGUGCGCUUGCUUGGGGAAGGGAACACGCAAUGUUCGACGGACUCCCGGUGGGUUGUUGUUCCGGCAGAGGUGGAACAACCUCCAGUUUGUCUCCAGCGCCGCCUUCCUCCUCACUGUGUACUCCGAUUACCUCUCCUCCGCCGGAAGGACUCUGAGCUGCGCCGCUGGCGAAGCUUCCCCAGCCGAGCUCCAGUCCUUUGCCAAGUCGCAGGUGGACUACGUACUCGGGGACAACCCGAGGGCCACAAGCUACAUGGUAGGCUACGGCAAGACCUACCCCCAGCAGGUGCACCACCGUGCCUCCUCCAUCGUCUCCAUCAAGGUUGAUCCUGCUUUCGUGAGCUGCCGGGGAGGCUACAAUACCUGGUUCGUCAGCAAGGCUGGAGACCCAAACCUUCUCGAGGGGGCUAUUGUCGGCGGCCCCGACGCCUACGACAACUUCGCCGACGUGAGGGACAACUACGAGCAGACCGAACCAGCUACCUACAACAACGCCCCCAUGCUCGGUGUCCUCGCUCGGCUUUACGGUGGGGAUAGCCGCUUCAACCAGCUGUCUCCGUGA